CGUGAAACCGCAACGAACCAAAAUACAAUGCAUCACAUUGCAACGCGUGGAACUGCAAAGCGAAAAAGUAUACCGCGUCGAAUUGCAGCGCAUAAAAUCUUAACGCGCAAAUUUGCAACGCAUAAAAUUGCUUUACCGCGUGAACCACUUCUACACAGUAUAAAGAAAACUUUCUCCUCUAACACUCUCUCUUGGCAAUAUAACGAGAGUCUACUGUACAAUACUGUGUACAAAUAUCGAAUCGAUCGAAGCUCGUUCAAUGACCGAUUUCCGAAGAGAUUAGAACCGUUUCGACAAUAUUCACACGGAGACUAGAUUUGAUAAGGAAAGAUCAGGGGUCGGGGCUGAUAAAGGUUGAUAAUGAGCCUCGAUCUGCGUAACUGGUCAGUUCCUACGGUGUCGUAGACGAGUAAACUACGAACUUCCUCGCGGCGAUCUCAUGGAAAUCGUGCAUUGCCUUAUCAAGCUUAAUUACCGAAAGACGCUUUAAUACCAUGAUAACGCUCGGUCUCGUGUUAAGUCGUGUUUCUGGCAUGUGUCAAUAGAAAUGAGUUCUCUAUACGACAGUGAAAGGACCGAGAAGCAUGAACAACGACGGCAAUCGUCGCGCUAAAAAUUAUGGAUACGCGUUUAAUAACAUGGUGAUCGUGGCAUCGCCAGGUUCCAUAUGGGAUUACCCGUAUCUGAAUCAUGUCAGCAGCAUGAUGGGCUUGGUCUACGGGACAGGACCGGAUCCUAAACAAGAUUUCUUUCCUCCCAACAGUCGAUUUCCACAGUCACACAUGGAGAGUCCGUCGAGGUUCGAGCUGACGAAGGCGGACGACCAAAGCGCGGAUGAAACAGAACUCGGCGAGGUGAAGGCGUCGCCUCCGACGAGCAACGUCGCGACCUCGACGCCCGCACAGCCCGGGAGCAUCCCCUGCAGAAACGGCGGUUGCAAGAGUUGGAACCGCGGCGAAACCCGACUAGAAAGUCCUUGGCACUUUCUCAAAACCGUUUUCCUCGUCACUGUGAUCGUCGCCCUGGUGAUCUGGGUGAUCGUCUACACCUGCCUUGCUCAGUAUCGAGUUCUGUAAACGAUCCGUCGACCGACAGACUGCAGACUGACUUUCCGUUCGGAAGCUCAUUCGACGCUAUCAUUCAGCAAAUCAGAAAUUUUCGUAUCGGAGAUAUUUAAGUCCGUCCUUCGAGAAUGGCUAUGAACGCAGAGAUUUCGAUAGUGCACGAUAAAUAUGAAGAGGCUAUUCUCUUCCCCGGUGUUGAAGGUGACAGUGUACAACGGAUGUGGUGGUUUCUGUAAAAAUGUACAAAAGUAUUUCCCGUCAGAGUAACGUUAGAUUGUUCGGAGAUUAAUGCAGAUUUUAGUUCUAUCGAGUUGAAAAUUUGAUAGAAACACAGUUUGCUGAAAUUGCAAUACCGACAGAAUUUGCAUUAAUUUCGGGACAAUUUAAUAUAUUAAUGCUAGUCUCUAUUUUUAUAUUCUUUCAAAUUACGGUGUCAGGAAAACAGAGCUGUAUUAUAGCAACACGAGGAAUAUUGUACGCUGGUCGAGUUUUAUAUAAUUCGAUUUUUUAAUCUAAUUCGAGAAGGUAUUUUUGACUUUAGUAUUGUUGACUUUGUAACCAAUGAUUCCUUUUUUAUAAAGUAUUUGUACAUAACUAAAUAAAAUAUAAUUGUACUACAUUCCGAGAUAUUUACUCUUCUAUCGGACAUACAUAAAUAAACACGUAUGAAUAAAAAUCUUAUCUGACCACGAUAA